AUGGCUACUGUGGAGCUGCCGAGGCUGGAUACGUUGCCAGAGGAAGUGCUGUCUCGAAUCUUGUCCUUUCUGCCUGAUGCGCGGGAUUUGGCCUGCAUGCGAUGUGUGUCGCGUCUCUUCCGUGACCUGAUCGACGACCCCAGCGAGCGGUUGUGGUCCUUUCUCGAGCGCCAGACUGUCCGGCGAUUGAAGGACUUUUACACUCUGGGGGACCAGCGCAUCCUGGCCAAUGUCAACUCUCCUCGCGGCCGAUCCCAGUUCUUGGCCCGGCGCGGUGACCUGUGGAAAGAGGGGCAACCAAACAUCUCCGUCGUUCGGCCCAAGACGGCGACAGCCGAUCCCCUGCGAGCCAGCGUCUUUCGAGCAUCGCCAGUGCCUCCUACAUCCUCAUGGACCUGUGCCAACUGCGGUGCCUUUCACGAAGAAAAGGCCUUGACUUGUCACAGCUGCACUACUCGAGCUCCACCGCUGGUGCACAAGACCAGUGGGACCGUGGUCGCAACCUUGGUGUCAUCUUUGAUCAAUUCCUAUGUGCAAGUCCUCGACCUUGACACCAUGGAGCUCGGUCCACGUCUGCUAGCACCACCCGACGCUGAUCCCUUUCGCUUGAGCAUCAGCUAUCCCUUUGUUGCAAUUGGGGACACCAACGGUUCAGUCAGCCUCUAUGAUAUUCAGACAGGUAGGUUGCUGGAUGUGGCGCUUGAUGGAGACCACCAGCUUGUGUGGAUGGUGUACUUCCAUCCCAACAAUGACCGGUUGUUCGUUCUUCAUGGCGACCGCCUGAUUGACGUCUACACGCUGAAGCCCACUGGCGAGCUGAGUGAGCGGAGUCGGCGUGUCUACUGGACUGCCCAUGAAGACACCUGCAGCCGGAUCAACGUGGCACGAGAGCGUGCCGUUACCGUGGGCUUUGACGGCCGAGUUCGGCUGUGGUCGGCUUCACCCACACUUGCACCGCCAGCUCUCUUGGCCGAGUUUGUGCGACCCGGCUUUGGGCUAUGUGGCUUGUGGCGCUUCUGCGACCUGGUUAUCACCGUUGAAGUGGGGGAUCAGGGCAGUGGCCGCCUCAUCAUGUUGCAGCUACCCACAUUGGAAGUGGUGCGCUUUUUCGAUGUGCAACGUGAGCAACAUGCCCGAACGCGGAACAGGAUGGCAUCCAAGGAGGCAGAGAUCGGCGCGAGCCUUGAUCCCUUGGCCCCGCAAUCAGACUUGCAAGCGCCGCUGGAAUGGGAUGGUGACUUUGACUUUGUCGUCCUGGCAGAUCCCCAACUGGGCUUGCUCCAUCGCAAUGAGAGCUGGACCGAGGAGCUUGACAUGUUGAAACAGAGCGUUGAUUACAUCAACAAGCUAAAACCCCGCUUCGUGAUCGUGCUUGGAGACCUCGUGCAUUGCCCGCCCAGCCCAUGCGGAGAUUCCGAGAAGCACGCCCGACAGGUCAAGGACCUCAAGGAUGCCUUGGCCGCGGUUGAUGCUGCCAUUCCCGUCGCUUAUGUGAGCGGCAAUCAUGAUAUUGGUGACACGGUCACCUCCGACACGCUGCGCAUCUACCGUGAUGAUUUUGGUCCCGAUUACUAUCGCUUCACAGUCGCCGGCCUUGCAGGCAUCGUGGUGAACACUCAGCUCUGGAAAGACCCUGGCGAGGUGCAAGAUGAAGCUUCCGCACAAAAUGAUUGGUUUCACCGUGUGCUGCAGCAGUCCUCCGAGGCCACUCAUCGCAUGAUCUUUGGGCAUAUCCCGCCUUUUAUCUUCACCCCCGAUGAAGACACGGGCUAUUUCAAUCUGGCCCGUAGCGUCCGCGAACCUCUAUUGAGCGCAGCUAAGAACGCCGGCGUCUCCGCUUGGUUUGCCGGUCACUAUCAUCGCGAAGCUGGUGGGCGUGACGAGCAACUGGAGGUCAUCACUUCCUCCGCCAGCGGGGCCGCUCUCGAAGACACGGGCAAAAACCCAUUGGGCAUCGAGUCCUGCGGUCAAGCCCACGUCGGCACGGCCUUUUCGGGUCUCCGCGUAGUCCACGUCACCAAGACUGGUUAUUCCCAUGCCUUUCACCUUUUGAAGGAUCUCAACUGA